CUUCCUUGCUAGCAACACUUUGCCCAGUUGGUUAGAUCCUCUUCCAGCUAAGUAUUUCGUGAGGACUUCUCAAACUUUCCCCAAUCGUCUGCAAAAUUACGUGUUAAAUACAGGAUUAAACACCACUAAACAAGAAUUUCUAUGUGUUUGCUUACGAGUAAAUAAAAAUUCCGCCUGAUAAUUUGGGUAACAAGUUGUUAUUAUAAGUCGUUAUGAUGAAAAUAUUAUCUAUAGUCUAAAUGUUGGACUUUACACUUUUUUAACAACAGCUUUUAAGAUUCAAUAUGCAAAUUAGCAUUCCUUUUGGAAGGCGGACAAUGCGAGUAUUGCAAUAGUUUAAAUUUUUUAAGGAGUUUGCAGUGGACACCCAGCUAUCAUUUUUAAUUCCAAAAACGACAUCUUUCGUAUCACAAAGGAAAUUUAGCGUAACAAGGGCUAUAGACAUUUUUAUAUUUAUUUCUUUUUACCAGUUAUUCAAUCACCGGAAUGAGCUCGGCCAGUUCGUGCAGUAAUAAUCAUGGCAAAACUGUUCUGUCCUACUUCUCGGUCACCAUAUCAGCUGUACUUCUUGUUACCACGGCAACACUGAAUGCACUUAUAUUAUUGGUGUUCAUUCGAAACAAGAAACUUCUACAGAAAUCAGUAUUCUAUAAGCUGCUACUGAAUAUAACUAUUGCAGAUUUCCUGACAGCAAUCGUCUCAGAUACUGUUUCAGUCUAUGGCCAUGUCAAAGAAGCUUUACACAAAGCAAUACUUCAACCAGACAUAUACAUUACCCACUUUGGCUUGUUUGCAAUCAAUGGAGUGUCCAUUUUGACAAUGUCAUUACUAUGCAUUGACCGGAUCGUUGCACUGCUGAAACCACUCAAAUAUCGAAAAGGACUGAACGUUUGGCAAUCCUCUUUAAUGAUAUCAUCAACUUGGAUUUUAUCGAAUUUGCUAGUGAUACCUUAUUUUAAAAUAGGCUACAUAAGAUAUUUAGCAAUCUUUUCUUAUUUCACUGUGGUUAUUACAGCUUUGAGUUUGGUUUUUGCAGCCAUGGUUUACAAGAGAUAUUUCGGUUCAUCCAAACUCCCAACGCACUCUGUAACUAUGGAGGUGACAAAACCAGACAGAGCGGCGCGGUAUUAUCCGACAGAAGAAAAGAUGGAGAAUGUUGACAUCAAACUUGAUAUUUACAACUCAAAUGGAAGUAUUCCACAAAAUACCACACGAGAUAGACAAUGGAAACACAAACAGAUGAAGUAUGAAAACCCUACUGGUAACAGCACCGCAUGCGUCGACCUGAGAAAACUGAGAGCUUCUUCACUGUCGGAACAACGAGUAAACAAAUCGUUCAUCAUAUUACUUGUCGUGUUUUUGGUAACGUACUCGCCGUCGGUUGUUAUGACAGCAUACAUGAAUUUGUGCCGAGAUUGCAAUUGUAUGUUUAUUCACACGUUACGAGAUGUAACCUACUUAUCGAUUUUAUCGAGUGCAUUGUGGAGGCCGUUAAAUUUUAUUCUUCGUUUAAAAACGAUAAAUAAAGAAGUGAGAAAUAUACUGCGAUGUACGUGAAGCAUAAAUUGCAGAGUUUUAUACCGCACAGAUCUGGACACUAGUAAAGUACUUUGCAGGGCAGAAUUUGGGACCUUUACCUAAGCGCCAGCAUAAGGCGAGGAAAACAUGGCCAAUACGUAAUAAAUCAUGCAAUCUUUAACUAAUUUGAUACAUUAAUAAUAUUUAGUACUGAUAAAAACUAAAAACUUAGCAAUGACGAAACAGCAGACCUGACUAAGCAUUUUCGCUUCUUUUCGUACAUAUCAACCACUGCGAAAUUAACCAUAAUUUUUUUUUAGACCAUCAACCACGCAAAAUACAAAAAGUUAAUAAUUUGGUCCUGCUAUCUUUUUGCUAAUGCCCAGACCUGUGCAGUGUUAAGUUUCAAUACUACGAAAACCUUUUCUAGCAUGGUUCUGUUGGCUGGAUUGCUGUUACUUCUUUGAAUACACAAGCGACAGAAAUGAAAACAGACGAAUUUAAAACAGAAAUUCAUAUCAUUUGAUUAAGUGGAAGUCUUAGAUUACUGCAACAUGUCGGCUUGCUUUUAUGUGAAACGAUGAAGAAUAACCUGUAGUGGAAUAUAAUUUUGAUCACCCAAAGAACUGCAGGUCUAAUAAAAAAGGGUAUUGGUAAUGAAAUUUAGGUUAUAAUAAUAGCGGUUAGAAAUAUUUUAGCGGGAAUGUUGUAAAACAAAAGACUUAAAAGCUAGUUGAUUUUUUGAUAACGGAAAUUAAAAUGGAGAAAAAUUGUUGUUGCUGAAUUAUCGCAAAUUAAAGUAAUUGUUGUGUGUUCUUUGUCGAAGCAAAAGUAAGAAGCUGCUAAAGCCGAUGAUAUCUUCCUUUUUAUUUGGUUGAAUUUUGUAAAAAGGUCCAAGUACUUUACAUUGAUUGUAUUGCAUUAUUAUUAUUAUACUAGAUAAAAAGUCAAGUCGCCUUGUGUCAUGCCAUUUGUUCGGUAUGUUCUGUUUUUGAUAUAGAGAACAAAUAAAACAAGCCUACCACGGUAGUGGUAUCACAAUAUAGGCCCAAAUUAGUACCAAAAGGAAAAAAUCUGCAUUUUUUUUUACCAAAAAAGUGGCACAGUGAACAAAUCUGAAUAGAUCGAAGAAACACAAUUUCAAGUUUUAAUUUCGUUUUCACCUCAAUUUAUUGCCAAAAUUUGAGCCUUGAAAUCAGUAUUUUUCGUUAAAUUUAAAAUUGUUUUUGCUUUUCAUUAAUAGUGGCAUUGCCUUUAGUCUUUUUUGUUGAGCUUUGACAACGGAUUUGUUAUAAAAAUCAAUUGCUUCUCUUGUCCACCAGAUUCUCGCGGUCACUUUUUAUUUAAAAGUUAUUGGUUCUUGAUACAAUCUAAAACAAGAGGGUGACUGGGUGUGAAGUCUCGAAUCUGUUUCCCCUUUUUUUGUUCAGAUGCAUACUUUUUGAUAAGUACGGAACAUGUUUUCAUUUUAAGCUUAAUUUUGACUCAAAUAUAUUUGUCUUAAAAAAUAAAAAUUCUGAUGCUUCUUUUGUUCAUUGGGUAAAUGUUUGUUAAAAACGGAAUAGCUAUCAUUUUAGAUAAAUUUUGACCAAGAAUGCAUUUAGGUGUCAAAAAAUGUUGAAAUAU